GCGUAUUGUAAGUAAGCCCAUCGUCUCCAUAGCAACAUCGGACGCGUUGAUCUGUAGCAGAUCCGAGCGAGAACUAGUUAAUGAUUAACAAUGUCAGAUGAAGAGGAUGAGGUUUUGGAGGGAGAUGUUGAGGAUGAAGAAGAGGCGGGAGCCGGUAUGGAAAAUGAAGGAGAAGGAGAGGAAAAGGGAGAAGAAGAUGAAGCACACGAGGAAGAAGAAGAAGAAAAGAUAGUAUGCCCCUUGUCGUCUGAAAUAAUCACAGAAGGACUAUCAUUAUUAUGCAAGACUAGCACCGGCUUGGGACAUGCCUAUGUUAAGCUGGAACUCAGUGACAAGGGACUGACUGACAUUCUUUUGGUCAGUAAGUUCAUUCACCUGAGAUUUAUUGAUAUUUCUUCAAACUUUCUCAAUGACCUUUCCCCAUUGGCAUCCUUAACACACCUCCUCUGGAUAAAAGCAGAUGUUAAUCGAUUAACUGAUUUACAAGAUCAGAAACUAGAAGAGCUCCCAUAUCUCCAGUGGCUUAAUUUAUCAUCCAAUCACAUAAAAGUCACAAAUGCCUUAAGUACCCCAGCGCUGGAGGUGUUAAAUCUAUCUGGUAAUCAGCUAAAGAUCAUUAGUGGUUUAGAUUAUGGACGGCUAUCUAAUCUUGUUACUCUGGAAUUAAGAGGAAACCAGUUGGAGACUACAGAUGGAAUCUACUUACCAAACCUUCGUAAAUUGUACUUGGCACAAAAUAUGAUCAAACAUCUAAAAGGACUUGAUCACCUUGAGAAAUUAACAACUUUGCACCUUCGUGACAACCAAAUUGAGUCUCUUAAAGGCAUUGGCGAGGGAAUGAAGUCUCUUCAGUAUCUCAAUUUAAGAGGAAAUCUUGUGCCCGGUUUCCAUUCGAUUCCCUGUCUUGCUCCAUUGUCUGACACUUUACGAGCACUUGUUCUGUCAGACAAUCCACUUUGUGAACUUGAUGACUAUCGUUUAAGAAUUCUCUGCUUCCUACCACUGCUAGAAAGAAUGGAUAAAGAUCCUGUCAGCUUUGAAGAGAAAGAAGAAGCAAAAGAGAGACUGAGAGAACUUGAAGAAGCAGCCUUUGAACAGGAAAAUGAAAAUUAACAAUUCUUGUAUUUGUAGUAAUAUUGACUAGGACUGUUCAGAUUUUCAUCCUACUGUAUGUACACUAUACUGAAGACGAUUAAGACUGAUGAGUACAGCUUGCACAGUAAAAAAAUGGACUUUGAUUAAUACUAGCCCAGUCACACAUGAGGAAGUAAAAGUCACUAUCAAUUAUUGAAUAUAUAAAGAACAUUGGACCAAACCAAAAACAGAAAUGGAAUAUGGAGGCUUAUCAUAAAUACCAUCCAAGAAUAUCACUGGGUCCAAGAAUCCUAAAAGUGGGCAGGUGGUGUUGCUAGCUGCCUCUUCACUGUGUUACUGUUCCUUGCAUACAUUAUUCUUAAUACUAUAUGCAGUAUAUUAUAUGGAUCUUCUAAAAGAACAGAUGCUCCUCUGACAACAGCACUGCUGUUUGUAUUAGGACAUUAGCUGAAGAAAUACAAUAAAAAUAAAAUUAUAUGUUUUAUAA